CUUUGAAACCGCAGGACUGUAGCAGUGUGCGCGCGUGUGGUUGGUGCCUUUUUUUUUUUUUUUUUCCUUCCCCUGCCUAAACUCCUCUGUCAGCCUGUAAACAUUACCUGAGAAUUCCCCAGCCGAAACGGCUGCUGGGGCAAGAAACUUCUCGUUAGAACUUUCCACCUCCAGCUUCCCCUCCACCCCUCUUACUGUCCCAACCUUCUGAGACGCUUUCUCUCCUCCCGAGGAGGGUUUAUCUUUUUUUUUUUUUUUUUUCCUUUUUCUCACCCGGUGUUUUGCGUUUGGGAAGAGGUGAUUUCAAGAGUGGCUAGGUGGGACGCCUCUCUCCCCCUCUUUCGGUUUAUUUAUUAUUGUUUGGGGUGUUUUCUUUUUUAAUUCCUGUUUUGUGUGGUCUGGGGAGUUUCGCUCCCCCUGCCCGGCUCCGCGGCGCGGAGGAUGGUGUGGAAAUGGCUGGGCGCGUUGGUGGUGUUCCCUCUGCAGAUGAUCUAUCUGGUGGCGAAAGCAGCCGUCGGACUGCUGCUGCCCGCCAAGCUGCGGGACCUGUCGCGGGAGAACGUCCUUAUCACCGGCGGCGGGAGAGGCAUCGGGCGCCAGCUCGCUCGCGAGUUCGCAGAACGCGGCGCCAGAAAGAUUGUUCUUUGGGGCCGGACUGAGAAAUGCCUGAAGGAGACAACAGAGGAGAUUCGGCAGAUGGGCACCGAGUGCCACUACUUCAUCUGUGACGUGGGCAACCGGGAGGAGGUGUACCAGACGGCCAAAGCUGUCCGGGAGAAGGUGGGCGACAUCACCAUCCUGGUGAACAACGCCGCUGUGGUCCACGGGAAGAGCCUGAUGGAUAGCGACGAUGACGCCCUCCUCAAGUCCCAGCACAUCAACACCCUGGGCCAAUUCUGGACCACCAAGGCCUUCUUGCCGCGCAUGCUGGAGCUGCAGAACGGCCACAUCGUGUGUCUCAACUCCGUGCUGGCGCUGUCCGCCAUCCCCGGCGCCAUCGACUACUGCACGUCCAAAGCCUCGGCCUUCGCCUUCAUGGAGAGCCUGACGCUGGGCCUGCUGGACUGUCCGGGCGUCAGCGCCACCACCGUGCUGCCCUUCCACACCAGCACCGAGAUGUUCCAGGGCAUGAGGGUCAGGUUCCCCAACCUCUUCCCCCCACUGAAGCCAGAGACGGUGGCCCGGAGGACGGUGGAAGCUGUGCAGCUCAAUCAGGCCCUCCUCCUGCUCCCAUGGACGAUGCACGCCCUCAUUAUCUUGAAGAGCAUACUCCCACAGGCUGCGCUCGAGGAGAUCUACAAAUUCUCAGGAACCUACACCUGCAUGAACACUUUCAAAGGGCGGACAUAAAGGCAGGACACAGAGACGCUCGAAAGCCACAGAACCUGAGGGGGCCGUGGCACCCAGGCACACACCCCCGCGCCUGUCCCUUGGCACACUUCUGCUGGGUGAGCAGGACUGCUCCUGUCUGGGGAAGAAUCCAGCUGCCCCCACCACCCCACCCUCCCAGCCCCAGGACCUUUGUGCAGGACUGAUGGGCAUAACUCUGACCCCCAUGGGGAGGCAAGAAACCAGCCAGCAGCCGCCUUGACACUUUUGUACAUUUCUAAUUCUGUAGAGUUUAUUGUUAAAUUGCUUCUCAAGUCUAACCAGCCUCAGCAGCGUGCAUAGACUAUUUCCGGGAGGGUCUGUGCCCAGAUGCUCCUCCUUUCCCUCCAAAAUCCACACAUCCUCAGCUUGUGCAAACCGGUUGAACGGCAGGAAUGAAAAAUAAAGAGAGAUGGCUUUUGCGA